CAGUCUUUUCGGGUGCUCCAUGUUUCUCGUUUCACAGUGCGAACCCGAGAAUUGCACAAAGCGCAAUGUAUGUGCGCCAUUGCUGUGGAGAAGAGCUGCGAAAAGUACUCUCGAAGUAUAUUCGGUUUUCACGUUACAAACCGACUUUAAAUGCAGAAUAACGUAACAGAAUUAACUCAGAGAUUGCUUCGUUCACUGGACAGUAAUUAUAAUGUCAUCGAUAUGCCCACAGUUACUGAGAUCAUUUCCUUAUUGGAGAAAGUUUCGAUUACCAAAGAAUUAUUGGAGACCACCAGAUUGGGGAAAUACAUAAACGAGCUAAGGAGGAAAACAACAAAUGAGGCUUUAUCAAAGAGGGCGAAAGAGCUCGUGAAGAAAUGGAGAAAUGCCGUAUUACCCGAAUCAAACGGACAACUGAAACAGAGCCCACCACUGUCGCAAACGCCGGCUUUGCCUUCAAUAGUAAAUCAAGAAGAUGCGCAGUUUAAUAAGAUAAAAGGGAAGAAACGGUCGUCGAAGGAUGUAGUCGAUAAUACAAAUAUUAAACGAAUAAAAAUAAACGGAGGAAUUUCUGAAUUAGAUUUUUCCGAUAACUCGAAUUCGAGUUUCAAAGAUGUGAUACCUACAGUAAAAACAGAACCAAAACGAGAUGUGAUUAUUAUUAAUUCGGAUUCGAAUUCGAGUAUUCCAGAAAAACACGAUCCACCCUUAGAUCAACAGAUGCCUAAGAAGAGGGGUAGAAAAAAAGGAUCUAAAAAUCACAAAAAUCUAAUCGACGAAGCGGAAAGUUCUUUUACCAUAAAAUUGGCGGUUUCUAGGGGAAAUUCCAAAGUCAAAACGACCCAGGAAUUGGUGGCAAGUUUACAGAACAAAAAUUCUAGUUCCACCGUAUUAAAUUCUUUUUCGAAACCUAAAGAAGAUCUGAAUGAAAAAGCUGCGAAACUCACCGAACGCGUUUCCAUCAUUGACCAACAACUCAAUACGAAUGCACACAGAAAUAAAAAUUCUCAACGACACAAAUUUAAAUUAGAGAAAAACGAAAGGGUGAUAGAAUCCGGAUCUGUCAUCAAUGAUAAGAGCAUACUUGUCCAGGAUUCGUCUAUCAAAAAGGAAGAAGAGGAUGAAGAAGAUGUCAUUGUAGUGGAUAAUGAAUUCGAAGAUGAUGAAUCCAAGAAAAAAGUGAACGAAGAGCUGGAUAAAAAGGUAAAAGCAGAGAGUCAAGAGACUGAUAAUCAACAUUUCGUAUCCUCCUUAAGCGUGGAAGAAGCUUUAGCCCAACUUCCGCCAAUCGAUAGAUCAGUAAAUAUAGAAGACGAAGUCGAAAGUAAUCCUUGUACGUGUAUACUAAAAGAAGAAAAACCCGACCAUUCGUUAGAAGAUGAUAGCGAAUCGUUAAAUUUAAUACCCAAAUAUGAAUUCUCAGAAGAUCAUGACUGCCAAGCCAAAUUAAAAUUAAGGGAAACUUAUCGUUUCGAUAGCGUCGAUGAUGAAAUGGUCGAACGUUUACACAACACCUUUAUACCUAACGUUAACGGAAAUUAUAGUAUGAACCCUUCGAAAAGUAACGACGCCAUACAAGAAAACGGACUUUACGUGAAUGUAGUGCCUAUUGUAAAUAUAGAAAGUAUACCGAAAAAUGUUAAAAACUUUGCAACAGAAAAUUAUAGUAGAUACAGAUUUUCAGAAACGCAGGUUGUUCAAGAGGAUGUAGAUAGUGGAAGGACAGAAUGUGAAGUGUCCUCUGUUGUUAGUGAUAAUAAAUGUUUUAGAGAAUGGCACGAAGUCGUGGAUACGACUUCUUACCAAGGUGAAAAUAUAAGAAUUUUGCCUUAUGUUAUAAUAGAUUGAGAUACUAGUCCCUUUAUUAUUAUUAUUAUUACUACUAUUAUUAUUAUUACUAUUGAAGUAAAGGUGAAUUUAUAGAAUAAAGAAUAUUAUAAUUU